AUGGCUACACUUCAAUCGGAAUAUUGGAUUCUACACUUGAAAUCUACAGUCAAACACUGUAUCCACAAAUGUUUUAAAUGCUACAGAUUCAAUGCAACAGAGAUGCAGCAGAAAAUGGUCAACUUGCCAACGUUGCGAGUGAGUCAAGCGUGCCCAUUUCAAACAUCGGGAGUUGCUUAUGCUGGUCCUGUUCAACUCAAAGCUUGGAAAGGGCGAUGUAGCAAAAUUACAAAAGCGUAUAUCGCGAUUUUUGUAUGUUUUUGCACAAAAGCAGUUCAUCUUGAGCUUGUUAGCGAUUACACCACAUCCGCAUUUAUCGCAGCUUUUAGACGUUUCACUGCUCGCCGUGGAAUAUGUUCAAAUUUGUACAGCGAUUGUGGUACGAAUUUCAAAGGGGCUGCAAAUAUCAUGGAUGCAAAGAGAAACUUCAUGCCAAAGCAGUGGACAAAAGACAUCGCAAAAAUUCUUCAAGAGAACGGUACACAAUGGCAUUUCAACCCACCUGCUGCUCCACAUUUUGGUGGUUUUUGGGAGGCAGGUGUGAAGUCCAUGAAGUACCACUUAAAGCGCGUUAUCGGGCACUACACCCUUACCUUUGAGGAAUACGCCACCAUACUCACUCAAGUGGAAGCUUGCUUAAAUUCCCGCCCACUUUGUCCUGUAAAUGAAGAUCCUGAUGAUCUCUCAAUCUUGACACCAGGACACUUUUUGAUUGGGUCAGCACUUAACACAGCACCAGAAAAGGAUUUCACACAACUUAAAGAAUCUCAUUUAGAUAGAUGGCAACUUAUGCAAAAAAUCCACCAAGAUGUUUGGAAAAAGUGGAAAUCUGAAUAUUUGGUUCGAUUACAAAAGCGUCCAAAGUGGCUAACGCCAAAUAAUGAUCUCAAAGUGGGUCAUCUCGUACUUUUGCCUGAAGAACAAACACCGGCUCGGAAAAAUUACGGACAUGCACCCUGGAACGGAUGGAAAAGUUCGUGUCGUCACAAUAAAAACUGCAACCGCUUCAUUAAAGCGCCCUAUAGCUUAACUUUGUUUCCUGCCGAUGGUAAAUGA